AGCCCCUGGCUGGAGUAUUCGUCCCUCCGAGCCGCCUCGGAGAAAAUGUCAUGUCCCGACAGCGGGACUUUCGUGCUGGAGCCGCUGAGCCGCGCGGAUUUCUCCGCGGGCCAGGCCAUGUUCGCGCAGCCCGGCGCGGAUUUCGCGAUGCGCGGCUGCUCCGGCCUCGUCCCUUCCCUCCCCAAACGCGACGAGGUGGCCCUGGGCUCCUUCCCGCCCUACCUGGCGCAGCUGGACUCUUGGGCCGAGCCUAAGAGCGGCUUUAGGCUGGACCAGCCCCAGGCGCGGCCGCUGCCGCCCUGCGCCUUCCCGGGCGGGCCGGUGAAGGAGGAGAGCGGCUGCUGCAUGUUCGCCCCGGGCGAGCGGCCCAAAAGCGGCCCCGAGCCCUCCACAUUCUCCUCCGCGCUGCCCGAGCCCUGCCUGGCCGAGCCCGAAACGCCCGCGGGCGGYUUUUUCCGCGGAAGCGCGAGUUACGCGGGUUUGGAGAAAGCUCCGAGCGAGUUCCCGUUCGAGGGGAGGGCGAGUCUGAGAAACCGMAACGAGCGGCUGGAAACGGUUCCGCCGACCCCUCCUCCGCCUCCCUCCGCGCCCGCGGAGCGCCUCUCGCCCCAAUUCCGAGGGAAUUUCACCCCAAAUUGCGGCGCGGAGCAGCCGGCGGGAGGAGAAAUCAAAAGGGAAAAAAGCGGCGGAGCCAAAGCGAGCGCGGCGGAGGCGGAAAAAGAGCGGAGGAAAAGCGGAGACGGCGCCAGCACCGACAAUUCCGACUGCGAGGCGAAAG